UCUGCCUGAGCUGCGGUGACCUAGGGCUGGCGUGCCACCAUGCAGCCGUGGAAGGCUCAGGCCUGGUACCGUCGCAUGUCUGUGGUCUACGGGCUUGGCACUUGGACCCUGUUUGGCUCCCUUUUUUACUUUUACGGAAAGAAGACGCCUUCAGAAAGUCCUGAAGUAGAGCAAAAGGAUCUCUCAAGAAGUGAAAAUGAAAUUGUACUCGAGCCCCUGAAAGGGUUUUAUGUGGAGACAGUUGUCCUUUAUAAAGAAGAUUAUGUUCCACUCACCGAACGAAUCCGCAACGUUUUGAAAAAAUGGACUGGUAAUUCUGGAUCAGAACCAUGAUUGGCUGCUGAAUUCUGAAAACAAGGACUUUGGCCCAGUAUUUACAUAUGAUAGAGCCUUGAUUUCCACUUUAUGUCUGUGGAAAGUAUAUAUUUAUUUUUGUUGUUAAAUGUACAAUAAAUAUUGCCUUGACAGAAGCUAAACUUAUGUAAUUAAAGGGAUAUUCCUCUCAACAUGGGAAAAGGUUGAUGUGAAAUUUCACAUUGAGGUUCCAUAAGUUCAGUGUUUUGAAACUAGUGAGUGUUAAGUUUUUCAUGCUACUGUUAAAGCCUUGGUGGUCCUUUUAAAAUAGCUGGUGUGAUGGCACACUCUUGUAAUCCUAGAGGCUGGAGGAUCUUUGUGAGUUUGAGACCAGCUUGGCUACAUAGUCCUGGAACAACAAGUAUAGUCCCUAAACUAUAUAGGGACACAGUACCUGCCUGACAAGUGUGUAUCACACACCCUCCUUCCAGUGUCUUUACUCAAAAUAAUUUUUAUGUUCAAGAUGGCAGUACUGAGCCCUUACUACUACCACCAGCGUUGCUCUGAGGGUGGGCUCCAUUUAAGCCGUGCCUUGUGGAGUUUCACCUUCCAAUGGGGGAUGGACAUUAAACAUAAACAUUGUGUCUUCU